GGUGUUCCACAUGAUCGGUUACCCAUGAUCGCCUGCACAACGUGAAAUUUGCUUUCCAAAAUGACAGCUGUGGACUGGGACGAAGUAAAACGCCUAGCUGCUGAUUUUCAAAAGGCGCAGCUGAGCUCGACGCUGCAAAGAUUGUCGGAGCAUAAUUGCGUGGAGAUUGUAACGAAGCUGUUGGAAAGUAAACUUUUGGACGUUGUAUUCACAACAGAUGGCAAAGAGUACGUUACGCCCCAGCAACUCGUCAGAGAAAUCAAGGAUGAGCUACAAGUAUGCGGCGGUCGCAUAAACCUGGCUGACUUGGCUAAACUACUUAACGUUGAUCUAUCUCAAGUGUCAAAAGCUGCAACCGAUAUCGAACGACAUGACAAGUCUGUCAAGCUAGUUCUGGGCCAACUAGUCGAUAAAACCUACAUGACCAAGAUCACCGGGGAAAUAAAUGACAGGUUGAGCCAGCAGGGCCAUGUUGACGUUGCUCAGUUGACCCUGUACUAUGAUCUUCCUGCCGAAUUUUUACAAUCCACUGUAGAAAGAGAACUCGGGAAAACUAUAUUUGGAAGGCAGGAUAGACAGGACCCAAGAGUUUUCUAUACGGAAGGAUAUGUGGCUAGAAACAAGGCAAAGACGAGGGGGGCAUUGUCCGGCAUCACUAAACCAACCCUGAUUUCGGCCAUUCUUGGCCAGUGCUCUGUGCCUGAAAGGAUAUUUUCGUCAAUUCUUGACAACUUGCAGGAGAUGAGGCAAGUACCGGGAGUUGUGACGGGGAAACAGGGAGGCAAUGGGAUUUAUGUACCUUCGAUUUAUUCAAAGAGCCAAAAUGACUGGGUGGACAAUUUUUACAAGCAAAAUGGCUACCUUGAGUAUGACGCUCUCUCACGUCUAGGAUUUUCGGACCCACAGAAUUUUGUGAAGCGUCAUUUUGCGAAUGAAAAAUUAUCUCUGCUGGACUCAGUCGCAGUGGGUCCAGCUAUUACCGAUCAAGUCGAUGCAAACGUGGAAGAGGUUGCAGCUACUGGCUCGUUUACUGAUAUCUAUCCGCUCUUGCCGUCUGUAUUCAGUCCUGAAGAUGCUGAGACUUUAUUGAAAGAUUCAAUGAAACGAACAAAUUCAAACAUCCAUGUCUUUGCGAAUACUGUUGCUAUAUCAGAUGCAUUUCUUCAAAACUUGGUGUUGCGAUUUGAGGGAGUUGCUGAGAAAAAAGCUAAAGAAGCAGUAGACAGUGGAAAAUGGUUACAGUUUGUUGCCGAAUCGAAAAUAAAAUCUAAGCUUGUUGAUCCUGAUGAAUGCAGGGUGGAUAAAAGGGAGGAGCGACGAAGAAAAGCUGUCGGCGGUAAAGCUGGGGGUGGUAGCCAAGGUCGUGAGACCAGGACUAAGUCUACAAAGAAGAAGAAUUAUCGUGGAAAAAAUACGGUAGACGCUGAUUCAGAUGAUGCGCAAGAGUCACAGAAUUCUGUAAAGAAAGAAUUCGUAUUCUUCACAGUUGACGAUAUUGCAAUUGAGAUCGGUAAGGAUGAGAAUCUGUCCGAUAUUGAGGGACUUGUCAGAGAAUUGGCAUCCUACUUACAGCCGAACCUAAGUAAACAAGCAGUGGCAGCUGCUGAACAGCUCGCACAAAUGACAAAGACAAAUAAUUUGAAUGUGGUUGAGGAAAGACUAAAUGCUUUGGCAACAAGCAUACGAGUACUUGACAAAGGUAUAAAGCAACUUGACAAAGGUAUACAGGUCGGCCUUACUAAGUAUCUGAUGAAAACAUUAGGUACCGAUCUUGUUAGCGAUGUUUUCAAGCUGGCUGCGCAACAAAAUUUGAUUCAAUGCCCGGAAGUAAUAACAACCGAAGCGAGACUAAAGAUUAUUACCGAGCUACCAUCUGACGUUAAGGACCCUCUAAAUAAUUUGCAUAAGGCAGUGGCGGGAUCUUCGGUAGAGGAGUUUUUGAUUGCUGCUGAACCGGCGCUGGCUGCUUGCUGUUUGGUACUGCGAAAAUUUGACAAAAAAAAGGAAAGACCUGUAGUGGUUGGUCACCGUGAAGCCUUGUUGGAACAGUUAUCGACAACUCGGGAUCCAGCCCUGGCAUUACAUCUAACAACCAGCAUCCUUUUUACAGCUACUACACAAACUGCACUACACAUGUCCGGCAGGCAUGUGUUAUCUGUUCUCGAAUUCUUACAACCGCUGAUCCAGUCUCAUGUUGCUUCUACUCUCUCGAGAUAUCACGAUCUGGUUCUGCAGCUGCUCAGUUCAACUGACGAGAACGUGAAGCAUGAAGCUCAAACUGCUUUGGACGAUGGUUUAGACGAAAUCAAGAAGAUUGCUAUUAAUUUUAAAAAACAACUAAAACCUGACAACUCGCAAGAUUAAGCAGUUGAGUCUAUCGAUUAUCUUAUCAUAUAAUACAUAUUUUAAAACCAAUCGUUAUUCAUUCAACGUUGAAUAAGUAUUGAAUACAUACGAUCAGGGGUGAUUCCUUAUACCGAAGAAUACGAUUA